CUUGACGCCUUCCGGUAGGUGGGGAUAUGAGGACACUUGGGAGGUCCAGGGCCCAAGGCUGUGGUAAUCUCUUUCAACCAACCAAGCAGAAUGCAGGCAUCAGCCUCCCAGGACAAGACCCGGAGGAAGCCAGGCCAUAAUGAAGGUACUCACCAUCCUGACUAUGAGAAUAUAACCUUGGCCUUCAGAAACAAGGAAGAGCUCAAACUCAAACAAUCAGCACCCAAGAAACAAGCCCAGGUCAAGCCAUCACCGGACACACCCCAGAUCCCCCCCUGGUUGCACAGAACCAUCAUGAUCUUAUAUGUCUUCCUCGCUCUCAUCUUUUCAUUUUGCAUCAUCCUGUCGGCCUUGGUCCUGGUCAAAAAUUCUGAAAUGUCCAGGGAGCUGUGGAGCUUGAGAGUGGAGCUUCUGAAUGUUUCAAGCCUGGUGCAGCAGUGCCAGGAUCAGCAAGACAAUCAUUGGAAAGCUGUCCAGACGGGCAUCCGGGAGGCCAAGAGUAACAUUGCUACAGUCUCGAGCAAAGUGCAGAGUGGAAAUGACAAGCUGAAGACGGUGCCAGAAGAUAUAACUGACAUCAAGAAAACCCUUCAAGCGCUAGAGAAGAAAGCCCUCGCUCCGCCCACUUCUAAGUAAAUAAGAGGACAUCAUAGCCACAGCUGGAAGGACUUGGGAUUGCACCUGCUAGUGAAGAUGGCAAAUGGGGGUACCCGGCUUGAGUGUGAGUCUGCCAUUCAUCCUCAUAGAGAGAAUUACCCAUCUGGGGGAAUGACUGUUGUGGAGUGUGCACGUAAGGGGACAUUUUGUGGCAUAUGGAGUUUCCGUGCAUUCAAGGAGAAGAUGUUACGGUGGAAAGAGAACAUGGAAGUCACAGCAUGCGUUACUCUUUAUGGGCCACACAAAGAGGCCAUGUAUGGCCUGACAUAUAUGAGAAUAGGCAUGUCCUGAUGGAUAGCUGUUCCUGUGAAGCCCUCAAAGUGUGUCAUUGCGAGGGUGGCUGUAGGUGAUAUGAGGGAUAUGCCUCCCCAUUAGCUUGAGUGUGUAUGUGUGCAUGUGGCUAUUUUGUGUGUGUCACCGCAGUGGUGAGCAAUGUACACUCUGGGGAUGUACUGUGUUGUGUGUCAUUCCUCGUGUGCUUGGCUGUGUCACCUUGUGGGUUCAGAGCGUGUACACAAAUGCACCCAUUAAUUUCUGUGCUUGUAGUUUAUGAUUCAUGACGAUAAAUGCCAAGAGGAAUGAUAACGGCUCUUGAGCGGUUAUUGGGUUGUAUGUGGCACAGAAGUUCACGACUGGUGGGGAGACUAGAUUUAGGGCUUGGAUUUGGGGAUGCGACUGAUCACUCAUUGCUGUAAUCCAGGCACGAUGCAGCUGAACUGUAAGUUCAUCACUUGGGGGGCUGUUGUAGGAGGAUCAUGGCUAUAAAAGACGAGUUUGGGUGGGUAGUGAACUGGCUCAGAAUGUAAAAGGGACUUGGCAUCGUCUUACCUGAGUUCCGUCCCUGGGAUCCACACAGUGGGACAAGAGAGCCACUUCUGACCCGCACAUGCAUACCAUAGCACACGCACACACAAAUACUAAAAUAAAAAUAAAAUUUAAAAAUACCCACAGGAAUCUACAUCCUACCACAGAGACACUUGCUCAUCCAUGCAAUGGAUAAUGUAAUAGAGCUUAUUGCUGCUCUGUUAGCAAUAGCCAGGAAAUGGAAACAGCAUAGACAUCCAUCAACUGAUGGCCAUGAAGAUGUGAUGCACAUAUACACGAUGGAAUUUAUUCAGCACAAAAGAAAAAUCUGCAGGAAGAUGGAUGGUACUGGAAAUCACUGUGUUAAGUGAAAUCAGCCAGACUGAGAAAGGCAAAAUGCUGCCUCUUAUAUGUGGAGUCUAACUUUAUACACGCAUAUGCAUAUAUGUAUAUAUAUAUGUAUACAUACAACAUAUAUACACACAUACAUAUAUGUUGAAAGUGGAAAGGAUACUGGGGAGGUAGGGUCAUAGUGGGAUUGGGGGCCAGGAAGAUGGAAGAGCGGAGAUUUAAGGGAAGAGUCAACCCAAACUAGAUAAGUAUGAAAAUGUCAUUAAGUAGCUAAUUCAAAAUAGAAAAAUGCUCAGGGUAGAUUUCAGAUAGGCUGCUGAGUCAGGUAGACAUGCGCGCCCCCUUGCGGCUGCUCUCUCGCACAACCUGGGUGUGCAUUUGUCCGCCCCUCCCCGUACUUGAGCCCGCAUGGUAUCCUUUUAAUGACUCAAAACGCUUGCAAACAGCCCGGUGCAGUUUCGGUGAGACCCCAGCUCUUCCUGCAUCGGUCUCGUCCUUUCUUUGUGGAUCUCAGCUGCGUCUCCCAUUCUAUCUGCUUUGGAUUGUUCUUGGGGCGGAGUGUGGUGGGGGAGUUGACGGGGAGGUCUUGAGACACCAGUCUUGGAGCAGCUCAGCUCAGCCUCUCAGAGCAUACAGGUAGAGGGGUCUCCCACGUAUUCUGCACAAUCCCCUUCUGGGCUGGCGUGCAGUACCGCCCAACCCCAACCCUACAAACCCGGGUCCGGGUCCUGGUGCAUGCAUAGUGGGGUAGGGCUCUUGACUUCUACCCCAUUCCACAAGAGUGUCUGUCGUUGCUUUAUCGGGAGAAGCACCCAAGGCCCCACUUCGCCUCCAAGAUCCUUUUCUGGACCCUUGCGCUACCCAACGCCGGCUUCUUGAUCUGCUGUGGCGACAGUCUUCUCCAGGGCCCUUGUCUCCUCUCCAAAGGGUUAAUGCAAUGGGGUGGGUCAGGGUCCUGCUAAGGACCACCCGCUGGGAGGCGGCUUCAGUUUCAGGUGAUGUAAUUCUCCUUCCUCAGUACAGAUUGGACUAAUUAGGUUUAGCUGAGUCUAUAAGCACCGCCCCUCGCCCUUUUUCUUUUCUUUUAGGAUGAUGGCCCCUGUCUGAGUACAGUUUUAAGCUCCGUAACGAUUUGGCUUGGGCUUCCUUAGUCUUUUUUCUAAAGCUCCAGUCCCCAUCACGUGUGAUUAACCUCCACGACAUCUUAUUGUCUUCGUUCUCCUUUGGGCACCUUGCUUGCCUUGCCCUCACCUACAGUUUGCCCGCCCUGGGCUUUUCAUUUUAAAGUCGAAUAAAUUGCCCUAACGAUUUCAUUUGGGUCAGCUCUUCCCGCCCCAGUGUGUUGAUUUCUUUUUGUUCUGGCGCUAGGAAGACGUCAUAGACUUUUUAUCACAGCAUAGCAUAGAAUUUGAGGGUGACAUAAAUCUGUGUUCCCUGGGCCACAGCCAUUGACAAUUUACCUCCAGAAUAAACUUGUCUCUUAUUACUAUUGAAGUGAGAGUUGUGUGUUUGCAUUGAUAGGGCAGAGGCAGGAGGAUUGCUGCAAGUUCAGAACCAUCUUUAAGCCAGACUUAAAAAAAUGUAAUUAUGGUUAUUUUGGGGGGUUAUUAAAUAGUGGUGUUUAGAUAUGGUUAUAGAUAGUGGGAGAUGCAAAAUGCUUGUCAAAUACAUCGGCAGAAACAUCAACUAGGCAGGCAACAAAGUGGAGAAAUCUCUGCUACAGGUCUCAGAUAUUAUCUCCUGGACUCUAGUGUUCUGCUAGUAGAUACAUUUCAGAAGGUCAGACCAUGAGAACCAAGCAGACAUUGUAAUUAGGUUCCAGACCUGCAACAUUCCAGCCUCUCCACCACCACCGAAUCUCUAAGCGGUGGUUCAGUCUUGGAGAAGGGUCCAUAUAAGGUCCAAUUCCUUCGUUCACAGCCUCCAGUGUGCAGCGGCUAUAGGCACACAGCACCUUGAAAAGAAGGUGAAACAAGUCCCUUGCAGUGCUGAAGCAUACAUGGGCAGCCCGUUUAUAUUGGGUUUCAUGGUCUCGGUUGAUGAAGAAGACUGACCAGGUCUCUUCCUCAAGGAACAGGUUCCACCAAGAUAUGAACUCAGAUCGCUGGAUACAGAAUCCAGAGCGUUAACCAUUACACCAUGGGAGCUGGUGCAUUCAGCACCAUAUUCAGUUAUAUUUACUGUUUCUGUUGCUUUGUUUUUUAUUUGUUUGUUUUUAGAACAGUAGAAAUGUUCACUGAUCGAAAUUGAGCAAAUGGAAAAAAUAUUAAUAUUCAUUUACUUCCAAGAUUGACCUGUGAGGCCAAGGAUGAUCUUGAACACCUGAUACUCCUGCCUCUACCUCUCAGAUGCUGGAGGCAUUUUCUCAAAUUGACAAAAGCCCACCAGGACAAUAUGGGAGGUAUUAUACUAAUUAAAAGCAGUAUUGGGGAAAAAAAGAUUAUAAAUGCAUAUGAAUAUGGUUUUGAGAGUGAUUAAUUUGUUGCCUUGGUGGUGGUAAUGGUUGCUGGACAUAAGCAUAUAUCAAAAUGUCAUGUCUAUCAUUAAAUAUCUGUGAAAUUUUCUGUA